CUGGUGCAUUGUGAAAAAAAAAACAUCUCCGUGUAGUGUAGUGCCGUGCGUAGGAGACAUAAGAACGUGAUGGCUGUGUCUAAGUUUAGUGAUGUUGACGAAUAUGGAUUCAAGCGGGAACCAGAUUUCGAUUACCAGUCGUAUGAGAAUAUUAUGUCCAGUUAUCUAUCGGUGCUCACGACACGCAGCAUGCGAUGGCAGAAGUUUCUCAAGAGUGCAGACAUGCUGAAGAACCGUUCCAAAUUAAAGCGCUUCGUCCGGAAGGGUGUACCAGGUUCGCUCAGGGAGGAAGUGUGGAUGAAAACGUCCGGUGCGGAGGAACUACAGCAACAGCAACCAAACCUCUAUCAAACGCUGCUAACGUACGAAUUUGACCAGGAAAUAUCGGAUCAAAUCAAACUCGAUCUUCCUCGUACAUUUCCGGACAACAUCCAUUUUGAACAGUAUCAAUUGAGCUUGUACAAUGUGCUGAUCGCAUUUGCCCACCACAAUCGCACGGUUGGGUACUGUCAAGGCCUAAACUAUAUAGCUGGAUUAUUAUUACUGGUAACUAAAAAUGAAGUGUCCUCAUUCUGGCUGCUAAAAGUAGUGGUGGAGAACAUCGUACCCCUGUAUCACACCAAAACGAUGGAUAAUCUCAUCACCGAUAUUGAGGUGCUUAGUGAACUGAUCCGACUACGUGCACCGGACGUUCAUAGGCACAUCUUUGAUUUGGGACUGCCCUGGCCUGUGAUAGCGACCAAAUGGUUCAUCUGCCUGUACGCCGAGGUAGUUCCAACGGAGACUGUACUUCGGAUAUGGGACUGUUUGUUUCUCGAGGGUAACAAGAUACUGCUGCGCGUUGGCCUGACGGUAGUGGUGCGCCUCCGGCAAGAUUUGUUAGCGACCGACGAUAUCUCAACGCUGAUCGGGCUGUUCCGUUCGUUAGAAAAAUCGCACGUGCUCAUGGACUGCCACGAGUUUAUGAAGAGUAUCUUCAAGGUGCCGGGUAAUUUGCGCCGCUCACAGCUGGAUGGACUUCGGCAGCGGUUUUACAACGAACGGAUGGCGAACAAGGCUAAAGGUUCCUAGGGGUUGGAGAGCUAUAUUCAGAAGAGAUACAGACUGAAUAUAGUGUAGACCAAAGCUGUGACUGGC